AUGGCACAGAAGGCGGGCCUUUAUGCCGCAGCAGGCCUAACAGUUUCCCUGCGCUCUGCAGAUGCUGGAGACGGAACCACACCAGCAAGGCAGGUUGCGCAGAGACUUGCGCACUUUGCAGUGGCUCCUUCGGAGAGCGCCGUGUCAUUUGCCACCACUGAACCUGACAAGCCUCGGCUGGUUGCCGUUGCGGCAUUGCUACAAGGAAGCGCCUCGGCCAUUUGCACGCUGAAAAGCUCAGGUAUAGACCGCCCUGCCAAGCUCGCCGGGAAAAGGUAUGCUUCAUACAAUGGCCGCUUUGAAGACCCUAUCGUGUCCCAGAUGGUCAGCAAUGACGGCGGUGACGGCAAGUGCGUGCAAUUUCAUGGCUUGGACGCGCACGCCUACCAGGAUGGUGACACCAUGGGUGCAGGCUCAGUUGUUGCAUCCUACCUCGAGAAGGGUAAAUCAGACUCCACUUGGAUCUUCCCGGCGUGGGAAGGUAUCCUGGCAGAGCGUGCAGGGCAGCAACUGCACUGUUUUGCCCUCGAAGAUUAUGGCAUCCCCUAUGGUUACUCCCCAGUUCUGCUUGCUCAUCCUGACGACCUGGUAGAGCCCAGAGCCGAGAAGGUCAAAGCCUUCUUGACGGCCACUGCCGAAGGCUACAAGAUGGCUGCGGCCAAGCCGUCUGAGGCAGCUGAAGCGCUCCGCAGCUCUGGCCAUGCUUCCCUCACAGAUGCUUCGUUUGUGGAGGCGUCCAGCGCUUACAUCGCAAAGGAAUUCUUGACUUCUGAUGGCCAGUGGGGCGUCAUGCAGCCAAAGCGUUGGAGUGACUUCGUGGACUUUCUCUGUGCCUCCGGUAUCAUUCGCAACAGGGCUGGUGAGCCCAUCCCCCGCGACGCCGUGGAGGCUGAGACACUCUUUACGAACCGCUUCCUGCCUUGA